AAGUUGCAUUUGUAAGUUGAAAUCUUUGCAAAAGCUUAUUCUCUCAGGCUGCUCCAUAUUUGAAUGUUUUCCGGAAAUUUUGGAGCCAAUGGGAUCAUUAAGAUGCCUCUAUUUAGAUGGAACAGCCAUAAUGAAUUUACCCUCCCCAAUUGAAAAUUUGAAGGGGCUUUCUAGCUUGGAAUUGAGAAACUGCAAGAGAAUUCAAGGAUUGGCAGAACUGAUCUCAAUUAUAGACAGUUCAGGUUCACAUUUACAAUAACUGAGGAAGCUAUAUCUAACUGGUUGUGGGAUGGUCGACAUCCCCGACUGCAUCGGCUACUUGUUCUCACUAGAAGUAAUAGAUCUAAGUGGAAACUCUUUUUGUCACCUACCUCAUAGCAUCAGAAUGCUCACAGAGCUGCAAUACCUCGGUUUGAGGGAUUGCAAGUCGCUACGUUCAAUAACAGCACUUCCACCCCAGUUGACAAAAUUAGAUGCAGAUAACUGUUUCUCACUCCGAUAUGUGUCAAUAAUUGACUCGACUAUAGUUGAGGGAAAAAUUUUUGAAUUCCUUUUCACUAAUUGCAGAAACUUGCAUGCAAUUGCAAAGCACAACAUCAUGACAUAUGCGCUAACAAAAUUUCAGCUUUAUUCAAAAAGAUUGCACAAUCAGAUGCCUUCUGUGCGAGCAGGGGAAUCUGGUUUUUGCUUCCCUGGAAGUAGUAUUCCAAAGUGGUUCAGCCAUCAAAGUUGGGGAUUGUCCAUGACAAUCCAGCUGCCUUCACAUUGGGCUAAUAGUGAGUUCUUAGGUUUUGCCCUGUGUGCUGUUAUUGCUUUUAACAACCAGAGCACAAACGACCUUGGUUUCCAAGUUAAAUGCAGAUACCAUUUCAGAAAUGAUCAUGGUGACUGCAACGAUCUCUACUGCUAUUUUGGUGGUUGCUAUGGUAGGAAUUAUUGGGAGGGAGAGGAUUGUGGAACAGCUCAUACAUUCUUUGGGAUUGUGGAACAGCUCAUACAUUCUUUGGGUAUGAUCCCUUUGUGGAUGUUACAAGAGAUGAUUGGUUUGGCAAAUACAGUAUGGUCCACAACUGAGGGUCCUAUGCGUUACGAUGAGGAAAACAUGGUACCUAUUGUUUCUUGGUUAAAAUCCAGUGUGUUGAAAUUGAAUGUAUUUAGACAUCGCCACUUUGGGUGUUUCGACGUGAUUGAUCAGAAAGAGCUAGACCUUCUUACCUCGGAGAUCAUUACAGAUAAGUCACAGAAACACCAUGAUAUGGAAGAACUUGUCAGCGCAUGUCAAGUCAACGAGUUUAUUUGA